UCUACUCCACAGAUCUUACAGGUGAAUCUAGUGAUGUCCAUGUUGCUGUAUGUGUUGUUCCUAGCGUACCUCUAUGGUAUCCAGGCAACGCACAUGGAGCGCCAGCAGCCCCCGCCCACCCAGGACCCCAUCAACUCCCUCAUCAUCCAGCUGCUGCAGGCGGACCUGACACGCGGCCGGGGGAGGCAGGGUGAGGGCCGGGACAGGCAGGCCCAGGACACAUUGCCCGCCGUUGACACCCAUCUGGAAGACACUAAAUUCCUGGAGAGACGGAGCUCGCUGUACCAGCCUAUGGCAGGCCUGUCGUCCGACCUGCUGCAGCAGCAGAAACACUACAACUCUCCCCGGGUCAUGCUGAAUGAGCGGGCGCCCCUGCAGCCUCCUCCGCUGUACUCUAUAGAUGACUACGUGGGCAGCUCUGACAGAACCAACAAGACCCGCAGGAAGAGAUACGCAGAACACAAGAGUUACCGCGGGGAGUACUCCGUCUGUGACAGCCAAUCACAGUGGGUGACAGACAAGACGAAUGCGGUGGACAUCAGGGGUCGUCAGGUCACCGUCCUGGAUCAGAUAAAGACGGGAACCGCCGAAAGCAACUUUGUUAAGCAGUACUUCUAUGAGACCAAGUGUCGGACUGCCAAACCUUUUAAGAGCGGCUGUCGCGGCAUCGAUGACAAGCACUGGAACUCGCAGUGUAAGACGUCUCAGACGUACGUCAGAGCUCUGACGCAGGACCUGACCUCUGUGGGCUGGCGCUGGAUACGGAUAGACACUUCCUGUGUCUGUGCGUUGUCACGGAAACACCGCAGGACGUAA